AUGGGUGCCUUCACAUAUAAUGAAAACUCAAUAGAAGGAGAAAUCUUUAUUCAAAGAUUAUCAACGUAUAUUCGACGGAAUGAAGAAUCUUUAGCGAAUGGACUUGUAUGCUUUUCAAAGAAUAAAUCACAGACAAUCAAGCCUUUAAGACUUAGUUUCACCAUGCAUCAUCUUUAUUACGUUACCGAGCGGAUAGACUCUUCGCCGUUAGGGGUUGAUAUUGGCCCCUUGAAUGUUAAAUUGGAUAAUCCAAACCAUGAACCUACCUUCAUUUCCUUCAUGGCUAACAAUGCCAGAUCAUCACGUCACUUUGAGAGUGAUGCCAGAUCUAUAUCCUCGAUUAAUUCCAUGAAAUCAAUAGUUUCCAGUGCUUCUAUGUACUGGAGAUCGGUUGGGUUUAGUAAAGACCCAAAAGUUAUUAAUAAAGAUCUUAAAUAUCUUUAUUCAUCCUUCACUAAAAUUCCAUGUUUAAUAAUGAAUCCUAAAACUAAGAUGAAUAGCAUUAGUGGGUAUGAAGAAUAUCCAUGCGAUACUUCAGUGCCCUUAAUAAUGUUUAAAAACUUGCAAGUAUUAGAAAUGAUUGAUUAUGAUCCUAAUGAAAUAUAUGGAUGGCAUGUUUUAAGUGAACAACUUCGAAUUCUUAUUAUAAAAAAUUCGAAAAUCAGUGAUAUUGGAGAAAUUAUUUUCAAUUUAGUUAUUGAUGAUGAAACUGGAAGAACUUCAUUUAAUAAUUCUCAUAAAUAUAGAAAGAAUGAUUCAUCUGUAUUUAUUGAUGAUGAUGACUGUUAUGACAAUGGGAUUCCUAAAUUCCCCAGAAGAGACCGUACAAGUACCAUUGGAACCAACCAUGGUGGAGGUUCUUCGACUUCCAAAGAUUAUCAUACAUUACCAGAACGGAAGUGGGCAUUGUUGAAACAAUUAACCAUAUCUGAAGCAUCCAUAACAACCAUCCCAUCUCACAUCUUUAAACCAUUAAGUAACUUGGUUAAAUUGAACUUAUCCAACAAUUUAAUGGAAUCCAUUCCAAAUGGAUUAGAUAAACUUGAAAAUUUGAAAUAUCUUAAUUUGGCUGAUAAUAUCUUGACAGAUUUAACGAAUUUACCAUCAAAUCUUAAUCAUCUUUCAACAUUAAAUUUAAACAAUAAUAAAUUAACCUCAUUAGAAGGAUUUAAUAAUUUAUCAAGUUUAGAAAAAGUUGAUUUAAGAAGGAAUAAUUUAAAGGACCUUACAUCUUUAAAGCCUAUAGUACUUCAAUUCAUUAAGAAUCCAGAAAAAUUCAAUAAUGUUUAUUUGGCAAAUAAUUCAUUACCAAAGAACUUUAGAAUAGAUUUAUUCAACUUAUUUAAUGGGAUCAAGUAUAAAAAUCAAAUGAAAAUCGAUGAUUCAAGACCUGGAUAUUUUGAAAGUGCAUUACUUUUAGAUUCUGAAUCUGCCUUUAAAGCUUUUGAAAAGUUUUUCGGUUUAAAGAACCAAAAGAAUGCAACUACCAACACUUCUUCUACAUCUUCACGCGCUGCCAGUAUUUCUGAGAUUGGUGAUAUUACCUCAAUCAUUCAACCAUUAGCAUCUGUUACCAUUUCAUCAUCGGUAGAGGAAGGAUCAUUACAUAAUCAUGAUAAAUCAAGUGUUCAAUCUACUCCUAAGGUAGCCAAAAAGAAAAAGAGUACUUCGCCUCUAAGCCCAAAUCACAACCUUACCAAUACCACCUCAUCAACCGAACACAGAGUAUCAACUUCUAAUUAUCCAAAGACUGUUAAUAGUCUAUCUUCAUUUGCUCCACCUUCAAAUAUACAUAUGUCACCAAAUCCUGGAAUGAAGAAAUCUCCAACCAUAUCAAGAAUGGACACCCCACCACCAGGAAUCAUUACUCCGAUUCAAGUUACAGCACGUAUGAGCACCUAG